GUGUGGACAGCAGGUGCACUCAUUCUGGAUGAUGCCCGUAGAGUGCCGGUCGUCGCUUUGCACGUUGAAGCACUUUGCGCACAUUUUUGAAUCGCGUUUUACAUCCUGAAGAUGCCUUUCCCACCCAUCAAUCUCCAGCAGAAGAUCCCCUCUCCUGCAAGGGAUCUAUUUAGCAAAAAGAAAGCCAGUGGCGACAAGCGGGAAUCCGGGAAGGAGAAGCAGACCUCAUCUUGGACGGCAGCCAAUUUAAGGAAUUUGGGGCGCAGGACACAGCAAGAGAAGAGUAAAAACCCGUCGGCGGAGAAGCAGGAGGUGCAGGGAAAAUGCUCAUGGCUGACCUCGACCAAACCUCAGGACUCAACCGCGGCAGUGAGGCGCUCCUGUUCCGCCGACUCCGGUAGGCAGCCUGCGGGCAAAGGGGACGCAACCAAGAAAGAGAUCCAGUUCACGCUCAGCCUCACCCCAGAGGCCAUCCUUGUCAUUCAGAAGAGAAAUCUGGAGAAGCAGAUGCUGGCGAAGCAGCAGAAAUGCUGCGCUUCUGGGGACUUCCGGAACAGGCGCGUGUUCCCGUCCAAAAAAACGGCGCACGGGAGCUCCAAGGGCGCGCAGGGGACCAAAGUGGAGGAGGCGGAGCAGGACAUCACGGCCAUCGUUAAAAUCUCACUUUUGAACGAGCAGCACAAAUAUGACGAUGUGGAAUACGAGGAGGAGGAUGGAGACGUGGACGAGACUGUGAUGAGGAAGUGUAAAGAGUGGCUCAAGGGGGUGGAAAGUGCUGCUGCUUUGGGAAAAGUCGACAAACUUUCGGCACUACCCCACCUUAAGGGCUGCUGCUAAUGGUUGGACUCAAGCCAUGAAGUCAAAUGUCUCUUAAUUAGUGUGAAAGCCGAAGUCUUCAGGUUGUGUUGAUGUCCAUGUGCAAGGAAAUGGUACCUGUGGAAGAUGGAAUACUUCCCAGAAUGACUCGAAAGAGUUGCAUUUCAAGCUUAUUAUGCCUUUUUGAGGAACGUUUGAGUUAUGUGACUUUGCACGUGCAGGUUUUUUUUUUUCCCAGUGAAGCGCCUCCUGUGGAUUAAUGCAAGCAUUUGCGCAAACGAAGCUCUUUGUGUGAGAGAACAAUACACGUCAACUAUGAGGUUUUAUGCUCUGCUAAAACCAAACUCUAACUGUCUUCUUUUAUUUCCCAUCAAAUAAGAGGCUGAUGUAUAUUCUGAUGUACAGUGUUGAAUCCUAUUUGUACCUGAACAUUGAUAAAGCUGUGCCAUUUCAAGUGAAGGCUUUGCACUAUCCACACAGCUUCUAAAUCUGAACUUGAUUGUGCCUCUUUAUGUUCGAUGAUGUUGAUGUACAGUCACUUUGACUUUUGUCGGAUAUCAGAGGCGCUUUGUUGCUAUCGUAGCUACCUGAGGCCAUUUGGGCAUUAGCGUACAAAGCCUCUUAGAUUUCCUGCUAAGCAGGGUUGACCAGUGUACUGUAGGGGCCAGGUACUGGAGCUCCAUCGGAAAAUUGCCUCUACUUUUUGUAUUACACAAGUAAACAAUGCACCUCACCACGAAGCAGUGUCUUGAGAUUUCUCUUUUUCUCUAUACUGACGUGUAUUUCCAGAAAAGUAAUGCAAAGGUAUUUAUUAUUCAAGCCCAACUAGGUCGCCUUACCAUGAAUAAAAUGGUAGUUCUUUUAUUAUGGUAUAGUUGUGGAUAAUUUUUCUUUACAUACAAAUACAUAUUUGUGCCGUUUUUAAUCAUGGACUAACGAGUAUGGUCCUUUUUAUUUUACUAGUACUAGACUCUUAUUGUGGGAAAAUAGUUUAUUCAAUAUGAGAUUGCAAAUACAACACCCUGUGCAUUCGAUUUAUUGCCAAUUGUGUAAUGACCAAUAAGUAAACCGUAUGUCGCUAGAUUCCAGUCAAGGCCAAAAUAUAAAGAAAAGUGUCAAUUAUCUGUAUUUGUCCAGGUGUUACUCUCUGAUUCACGGAUGAAGGGCAGUGCCACUCUUAAUUGAGCGCCCCCAACUUCAGAACUGUUAGCGGGAUGUGCUAACCACUAGUCAACCCAUAUUAUGUUUUUCUUCCAGUCCUGUGGAUGUACAUGCGGCGAACGAACAGAAUGAUAGAUUAAUCGUCCAGCUACUGUAGACGUCAGACUGUACAGACACACGCAGUGUAUGUAUUUAUAGCAUGCAGCAGCCUGAGAUCAUGGCUGAGCACAGUCGUACCAAGACUUAUCUGGGCCCUCUGUAAUGCCCCUGCUGACGAUAUUAUCAUCUGACUCGGUGACCCAAAGUUGUGUAAUCCUUUGCUAUUGUGCUGUUUCAAUUGGCCUUGUUCAUAGGCCUCACAGCCUGCCUUUUCUCACAACACCAGUAUUCAUUGCUGUCUGCAUGGGGGCUUGUAGUUGUGCUGUUCGUUGCCUGUGCUGAAGGUGAAAACAGCGUCAUUAGCUCUCGAGUGGAUGGAUGGAUGGAUGAAAAAAAACAUCACCCUUCCAACUAGUGAUGUGUGGAUCAAUUGUGAAAUAGUGAUAACUUCACUACUAGCUCUUUAUGCGCUAAAAUCGAUUUUCAAUUCAAAAUAUCAAUACUUUUGAUACUCCAGUCAUUCGAGUGGUAAUAAAUAUUGUACAGUGUAUCAUCAAAAGGGGAAAAAUGGAUCCUAAAUGAUUUUGAUCUUUUCUAAAUGAGACGCAGUUGGCGCAAGCUACUUUUUCUUCUGCUUGGUUAAGUGUGUAAUGCGUAAGCGUAACAGCACGCCCACGCUACUCAGUCAGUCACUUGUCUCUGUCGGACUAUGCAGCAAUAUGGCAGAGCAUAAGGAGGAGUCAUGUCAUGUGUGGAGCUAUUUCAGCUCCAAACAGCCAAGAUGCGGUUUGUGACAAUGUUGUCAAACACCUCAGGUUAAACCACAACACAAAAUGAGGCUUUUAUGAUAAGCUGGAGUCGCUGUACCGUAGUGUACACUGUCGUUCCUACGGUGCUGCAGGAAGGCACGAUCAAGGUACAUAGGGAGAAAAUGUGGAGCUUCAAGCGGUGCUAAGCACUGGCUGUUGGAGUUGUUCAAAUGAAUAAAUCCCGUUAUGAAUUAAGUAACAAAUACAUGCUUCAGCCAAAAGCUGCCCGAGGUCACCUUGGCGUAAUAAUGUCAUUCACUGAGAUAAUCUCACAUAGGCAAAACAGCCUAGAUUUAUUCAGGUAAGGUUUUCUAAAGAUUUGGUGGUUCAAAUGGAUUACAUAGACUAGGGGUCAUUGAAUUACACCGAGCAAUUGCAAUAAAACAGCCAUGCAUGGUGAACUUAGAAAAAUGGUUGCUAGUUAAAAUGGAUUUAAAAAAAUCUAUAAAAUAUAUGUACAUUCAAUUUAAUUUGUUUAGACUGUUAAAUGAAUAUUCAACAAUGUUGGUAUUUAUGUUUUUAAUGAACUCUUUAUUGGCUAUUAAUUUGAGUCACCCAGUAUUAAACAGCAUGUGUCUCACUGCUACCACAAUAUACUUCCAAAUUUUAAAUGAAUUACUUAAUUCAUUACUCUGAUGUCUUGUAUUCUUUAUGACUCAUUGAUUUGAAGUACAAUAACAUUUUUAUUAGAUUUACCAAACACAUUAGUUGUAUUUGCACAAGGUAUUGGUAUUGGAUUCGAAUCGCCGACACACACACAGCAUUGUACCGGAAAGGAAAUCAGCUGGUAUCCUACGUCACUACCCCAACCCCUCACAACAAUCUCACAUUUCUUUUUCAGUCUGGGAUUUUUAUUUAUGUAUUUUUUUUUAAAUGCCCAUCUUAAUGCGUUGUCAUGAUUUGUCAGGAUGACACAUUACACUAUUAUUCCUCAACUGAUUGAUGCUGGCAUUAGAGAUUAUAGAAAAGUUGCUGCCUCUGGCUCCUCAUUGACACUCAGCAGACACUGGUUGCCACUAUUACUGUGGCAACCAGUUUGAUAAAUACUGUGCCUCGGAAAGCUUUUGUGGCGGGGGACGAAACACAGCAUGACACUUCCUACACAACCACAGGCCAUAAAACCUAAUCAGCUCAUAAAGGGA